GACGUCAGAGCCUCAGUUUACUGGCUUUGUUUGUUCUGAGCUGCUGUUGAGCUUCAGACGGGCUGCAGAAACCAACCGAACCCGAGCCGAACCCACUGCGACAGAGAUGCCGUCCGACAGGCCGUUCAAGCAGCGGAGGACGUUCGCUGACCGGUGCAAAGAGGUCCAGCAGAUCCGAGAGCAGCACCCUAACAAGAUCCCUGUGAUCAUUGAGAGGUACAAGGGCGAGAAGCAGCUGCCGGUUCUGGAUAAAACCAAGUUCUUGGUGCCGGAUCACGUCAACAUGAGCGAGCUGGUGAAGAUCAUCAGGCGCCGCCUGCAGCUGAACCCCACACAGGCCUUCUUCCUGCUGGUCAACCAGCACAGCAUGGUGUCCGUGUCCACCCCCAUCUCUGAGAUCUACGAGCAGGAGCGGGACGAGGACGGCUUCCUCUACAUGGUCUACGCCUCGCAGGAGACCUUCGGCUGCUAGGGAGGAGGAGGAGGGGGCGGGGCAUCUUCGGGCGGUAGGGAGGCGGGGCCACACAGGAAACCUUCAGGUAUCACGAGUUGCAGACACCGGAGGACUUCCUGUGUGGUUUUAUUCUCUCCGUUGGUUCCCGCACCAAUUCUCUUAUUUUGAAAGGACUCGAACCAACCAAUCACCUUAGAGCUUGUAAAACUGAUUCGUUGGUUCACAUCCUAAACACUAAACGGCUGAACGUGGGAGCAGUCAGUCUGUCUGAACAAUCCUGACGUUUUAACAUUUCAGACGUAUUUUUAUUUUUCUCUUAAAUCUUCAGACGUAGUUUAGUUUGACAUCAUCCGUCUCCACUGUCCAUCCUCUUCUGUAGUUUUAAAUGUGCAAUAUUCACAUCUGACUUCAUCAUAUCGCAUCAUCUUCAUCGUUUCACCCCCUCCCCCCACACCUGUAAGCACAACUGCUCAGUUUUAAAACAGCCAAUCAGGUGAGUCGGUUCUGUCCGGUAGGGUUUGGACAGCUGGACGCCUCGUGCUGCUUUCACGGCCAGUUUGGGACGGUUGUAAUUCUCAGAGUUGAAUAAACGAACGGUUCUGGUUGCAGGAGGGGGGGUCCGCAUGUCCACCCGGUACAAACUGAACCACAAACUGACGUUGAAACGACCCGGUUCUGUUUGAACCCGAGCUGGGUGUGAGGGUGGCGCCCCCUCCUGGCCCAGCGGUACAUGUGUUUAAUGUAGGAACUGAAUGAGCUUGUUUUGCACAUUAAUUCAAAAUAAAGUUUUAGAAAUGAGCGUAUCCUCUGCAACAACCAUCACGUUCCCCUCCCUGUUUGUUUGCCUUCUUUAAACACAAUUUAUAGACAAAAGGUUGCUCUGCACUACAAAUCUAGCAUGUUCUCACUUUUUUUUAUAUAUAAAUGUAUAUUGAUUUUAUGCUAUAAAUAAAAAUGUAUUGUUUCAAUUUAGAAAACAAGUCUUUUUAGGUGUUUUUCCCCCAAAACCAAAAGCUGAACCCAAGUGUUUUUGUGUAAACCUGUGUGAAUAAACAUAUAAUCACGUUUGUUUUAGGCUUUCUGAUGUGUUGCUGUCAUGAAUGAGUGUAAAUAGAUGCAUCGCUGCAAAAUAAGCAUUUGCCAAUAAAGAAAUAAUUAAAAGAUGCCUUCAAAAACUGAA